CGGCGGAGGAGCCGCCGUGACUGCCUGCCCCCUGCACGCGCCGCCGGGAGGGCCGGCCCUGCCGCCAUGUUCUUGCGGAGGGGUUGCCGCCGGCUGGCACUGUCCCCGCUGCCUCGCCCAGGGCAACGCCGGGCCGGCAGCGAGGUCGGGGCGGCGGCGCCGCGCUACGACGUGUUGGUGGUCGGCGGGGGCCAUGCGGGGACGGAGGCGGCGGCGGCAGCUGCCCGCGGCGGGGCCCGCACGCUGCUGCUCACGCACAGGAUCGGCACCAUCGGGGAGAUGUCCUGCAACCCGUCCUUCGGCGGCAUCGGGAAGGGGCACCUCAUGCGGGAGGUGGACGCUCUGGACGGGCUGUGCGGCCGCGUCUGCGACCGCUCCGGCGUCCACUACAAGGUGCUGAACCGCUGCAAGGGCCCGGCCGUGUGGGGCCUCCGCGCACAGAUCGACCGCGGCCUCUACAAGGAGAACAUGCAGAAAGAAAUCCUUAACACACCACUGUUGACAGUUCGUGAGGCAUCUGUGGAAGAUCUUAUCUUGACAGAGCCAGAAUCAGGCCAUCCUGGGAAAUGCCAAGUCGCGGGAGUCAUUCUGGGGGAUGGGAGCACAGUACACACUGGGAGCGUUGUCCUGACCACCGGUACCUUUCUGAGGGGUAUGGUCCACAUUGGGCUAGAGAUGCACCCGGCUGGGCGGCUGGGGGACCAGCCAGCCAUUGGGCUAGCUCAGACUCUGGAGAAACUGGGAUUUGCUGUGGGCAGGCUGAAGACCGGGACACCACCAAGACUUGCCAAAGACACGAUUGACUUCAGUGGUCUGGAGGAACAUGGAGCUGACAAUCCUCCAGUGCCAUUCAGCUUCCUCAGUGAGGCUGUGUGGAUCAAGCCAGAAGAUCAGCUGCCAUGUUACCUGACACGCACUACCCUGAAAGCCCAGCAAAUUAUCUAUGAUAACCUCCACCUGAACAACCAUGUAAGGGAGACAACAAGGGGCCCUCGGUACUGUCCCUCUCUUGAAUCAAAGGUUCUGCGCUUCCCAAACCGGCAACAUCAAGUUUGGCUGGAGCCUGAAGGCUUGGAAUCCAACGUCAUUUACCCCCAAGGCAUGUCCAUGACACUGCCACCUGAGCUUCAGGAGCAGGUGAUCAAAUCCGUCCCAGGUUUGGAAAAAGCCAAGAUGAUACAGCCAGGCUACGGGGUGCAAUAUGAUUUUUUAGAUCCCCGUCAACUGACUGCUUCCCUUGAGUCGCGUCUUGUUCAGCGACUCUUCCUUGCAGGCCAGAUAAAUGGCACGACAGGCUAUGAAGAAGCUGCAGCUCAGGGUGUGAUUGCUGGGAUCAAUGCCUGUCUGCGAGUUCAUGGCAAGCCCCCUUUCAUUGUCAGUCGCACCGAAGGCUACACUGGGGUCCUGAUCAAUGACCUCACCACUCUGGGCACCAGCGAGCCCUACCGGAUGUUCACCAGCCGUGUGGAGUUCCGCAUGUCCCUCCGGCCCGACAAUGCUGAUGCCAGGCUCACUCACAGAGGUUUUGAAGAAGCUGGGUGUGUGUCGCAGCAGCGAUAUGAACAAGCAGUUAAGAUGAGAGCUGCUUUAGAUGAUGGAAUUGCAACACUAAAAUCACUUCAGUUCAGCAUAUCCAAAUGGUCCCAGUUACUGCCAGAAGUUCCCAUCAGCAGCAGUCGCAGGUCGCCUGUCAGCGCUUUUGACAUCCUUCAAUAUCAAGACGUCAGUAUGGAGGUUCUGGCAAAAGCUGUCCCAGAGUGCCUGGACAAGCUUGCUCAAUGGAGACAACUGGCAGAGAGAUUGAAAAUAGAAGCUGCUUAUGAGUGGUGUGUAGUCAACCAACAGCAGGAAAUAGAAGAAGUGCGUCGUGAUGAAGCGCUCCAGCUGCCAGAGGACAUAGAUUAUUUUACCAUUGAUGCAUCGCUUUCAGCAGAAGUGCGGGAGAAACUGGACUCCAGCCGUCCCCAGACGAUCGGUGCAGUCAGCCGUAUCCCUGGAAUUACACCAGCUGCUAUUGUUAACCUGCUAAGGUUUGUGAAAACCAAUCACCAGAAGACAGAGAAGCUAAAAGCUUUACCUCAGUCUGGGAAGUACUUACCAGGGAAGAUGUACUCAGAGAAAGCAACUUCACAAAGACAGAUGUCAGCUGAGUUUUCUGAAGAGGAGACACAAAGUACCUUCAUUAAAACACCUUUUUAGAGAGUGGCACGGAUCCUGCCACUGUGUGGCAAGAUCACCUGUGCUCGUGACCCUCUUCACGAGUAACACCCAUGCUGGCCGGAUCCAAAGCAGUUCUAGUUGUGUUCCGUGUUGGGGUCAUUGAGUAGAACAAAAUAAAUGCUCAGAAACCUAAAUACAGCCUGUGAUUUUUCUGAUGCAAGAGACAGGAGAACUGCUUUUAAAAUUCCACUCAUUUGGAAGGUGUUGGAUAGUCAAAAUCUGUUCUAAAGCAUCUUGUAAAGGACAGUGUUUUGCUCUUAUAAAAUUAGUAAGAAAUGUUACUGCACUGAACCUGUGGCAGCACAAGAGCAUUUGAGUUGAAAAGCGCGUUCUGUUGACUUUAGUACUUGUGUUCAUAGCUGUGCAGUGACUAUGCACAAUCUGGUGUCUCAGUGUGGUGUCAGCCAAGAGGAAACACUUGGCUAUGGAAAUGUGUGCCACAUGAAUAUUUGAACUUACAUAGGAGACCGACUGAAUGCAAACAUCUUGUCCUGCAGAUGUUUUUCUCCUUUAAAAUAAAUAAAGCUUAUCUUGAAACUCA